GGUAUAAAAGAACGUAACGUUGUGUUUCGCUGAACCAUUGCUUUGCAUGUACCCGCUCGCUCCAUAUACCCAACUCCGGACAACACACAGAAAGUGCGGCGCCGUGACGUCACCAUGCGGUUUUAUUUACUGAUGCUGUUCUGUGUGGUGCUGACAACAACAUGCGCCGAACCAGAUCCAAAGAAAUACAAAUCAGAAGUUAAAGAUAAAGACAAAGCAUCAAACACAACUCUAACAGCAGAAGAGAAGAAGUUCUUAAGAGAUGUAGAAGCAAAGUAUGGUAUUAAGAAUGAUGCUCCCAAAGAAGAAAAGAAAAAUGUUAGUGAACCUAAACCAAAAGCUCCCACACAUUUCCCAGCUGUUAUAGCCAUUGAAAUAGUAAACGACACAGAUACGAAAAGCAAAGGAAAGCGUACCAUUGAAGCUAACCUUGGAUAUGGAUAUAAAACCAACAACGGUUACACAUACUCUUACUUUGGAAAACCUGCUCAAGAAAAAGGAAAAUUCAUGAUAUAUCCUUACUCGCAAGAAGAUAUUCCUGCGAACAACGUGCAUUCAACCUCUAUACAACAUUACGACCACUCAGGCAAAGUAAAAACGAGUGUUGAAAUUCAACCGUCUCAAGCUUUUGAAUUAGUGCCAGUAAAAGACGAGAAACCAGCGUACCAUUACGAGAAACCAGCGAUUGAGUUCACAACUCCUGCACCACAGCCUAUUUCCUAUUCAUCUGGGGAUCAAAACAGCAACUCUUACUCAUCGCAUCCUUCAACUCUUUACACAACUUACAACGGCGAACAAUUCACUGGACUAUCUGGACAGUUCCCUACUGUGAUGCCUGAUUACCUUGUCGAUCCUUCGCAACUUAUCAAGAACCCAGAGUUCCAAAGCGUUGGAUUAACCCAAGAUCAUUUACAUACACCUGGCUCCCACUUGGAACAAAAAGUUGUCCCAGUUUUAGUAUUGAGAAUACCAAGUUCAUCGCUUACCAACCCCACAGCGGAAUUAUAUGCAAACUUACCACAAAACUAUCCUUUGUCUAACUACUUGAAUCAUUUGAAUUUGCAAGAGCUAGUGAACCAGUAUUUCAAGAAAGCUGGAUACAAGUUCGCUCCUCAGGUUAUGGCGUACCCUAGUCAUGGUCUUGAGAGCCAAGGAGCUGAGGGCUACAGUCAAGAAGGAGAUGAAGCUCCUGCAUCCCAAUACGAGCCUCAACAUUACGCUCAUCCGUACGUCCAGCCGACAUACACGCAAGCUGAUUUAUCCGAUGGAGUGCAGUACUCUGCGGUUCAACCUGUAAUGGCUAGAUAUCCAUCUAGCUAUGUGCGACAACACUACAUAACAAUGCCUAAAGGAUAUUCUAUUUACAAACAACCUUCACUUCCUCAGAAUUAUGAAUACCAGUAUCAAUACGUACCACAAUCAGCUGUGUCAUCGCAAACCUUUUACAUGCCUUCAUCACAUUAUCAACAAGAGACGGAACAUGGAUCGUCACAAAAUAUUCAAGGAUCUUCCUUAGACCAAGGAGCUGGUGUACAUGAUAAUAACGCUCAGGUACAAUACGCUUCAGUCAGCCCUGGCUAUGAAGCAGCUGUGACCCCCAGUGCUGAAUACGGUACACCUGGAGUUCAGUACGGAACGCCACCAUCUCAUGCAGAAGCAGAGUAUGAACAUUCAGCCACAGUAGCUCCUGAAUACGGACCGCCUCAGGAACAGUAUUCACAAUCAAUUUCACCAGGAUAUGAAUCAUCAGUGACUCCCGCACCAGAAUAUGGCGCUGCAAAGGAAUCAGGUGUAUCUCAAGUUUCCCAAUACUAUACUCAAACUCAGCAUGAUCAACAAGAUCACACUGUAUUCUCUCCCCAAUCUGGACAAUCAAGUCACGCGUCUCAAGCCGAUGUAGGAGGCCAGCAAAACUACGCAUACCAGCAACAAUCAGAGCAACACUCUGACGAUCACGGUCUGGUUCUUACAGAGAACUACCCAAGCAAGGACCACACAAUCGCAACUGUUUUGCCUUCACAUUACAAGACUGGAAAACAGAACUCGGGUAUGAUUCAGACAGUCAGCUAUGUGACUCCUUUGCCUCAUCCAAAAUACCAGAUGCCGUACAGAGUGAUGGUGCCUAAAACUUUCCUUUACAACCCAUCAACUGAGAAGGUUACAUAUGUACACUCGCGCCCGAUGUCCUCAUCUUACAGCCAAUCGAGUCAUCAAGAUUACAACCCUGAAACAGAAUAUACUGUAGGAUACCGUCACGUUCCUCCAAUUGGUAAACAAAAACCACCAUCGUACCCCAGGAAUUACCACUCACACCCCAAGCGCAUGGUGAAGCCAGACCACCACAAGACUGAUUCAUCACCAUUCUCAAAGAACAAAAACGAACGAAAUGAGAAGAAGAGAUUAUCGUAAUUGAUAAUAAAAGAUCACAAUAAAUGUGAUUUGUUAAGAAUUAUUAAGGUACUGUAAAUAUAGGAGCCUUAUAAUACUAAUAUAAGUACAUCGAAGAUGGUUUGAAGUCCAGAAUCACGUGCAUUGUUGACACAUGGGGUGUGUCUAAAGAAAAGUAUUUUCAUGACUGUGUUCAUGCAUGCUGUACCUACUCCAUAAACUCAUGUAGCAAUGGAAACUUGAACAGAUGGACAAUUAACCUUUCAUUAAUCAGUUCUAGACAGAGAUAUAUCUAAUUGUGUCUGCGUGCAACAUUAGAUUUCUCCAGACAAGAAUAGUUUGCAACAAGCACGAUUUAACAUCAUACAUACCACAUGUAAAUACAUACAGAAAUGUACAAUAAGAGGCUGUAGUAUAACAAUAUAAUAUUUUAAGUGUGAAUGCAAUAUUGUAAAGCUUUGAAAUUAUUUAUUACAAAAAUUGUUGUGUAUUCUUCCUAUUUUGAUGUGCAAUAAUUUGGGAUAGGUAUACUUUAGUGUAAUAAAUUAAAUAGAU